UGGAGACCGAGCAAAGAACAAACUGCUUGGGCCGUGAGGAAAGUUUACUUUGUGUCGUGACAAAAAGUACAACUAGCUAAAGCCAUGUCCAGCAGAUGUAAGCCGAGCCCCGGGUGCUUCAGGAGUGACAUCCACAGACUGCUGCUGGCGGCUGAAGCUGGUCAGAAGACCGAUAUCCUGUCCUACUCCUCAGGUCAUCUGGGGCCCCGCAGUCUGAACCAGCCUCAGCCUCACAGCGAGACAAAGCAGUCUUUCUGGAAGAGCCUAGACAAACCCCAAAACCCUCUGACACCCCAGCAGACACAGACGAAAACACUGACCUAUGUGAAGAAGAAAGAAAAGAAAGAGCGUCUCUCCCAGUUCUCCACUGUCGCUUCUUCAGUAGAGUCUGAAGCCUCAAGGUCAACUCAAGAUCAGGCUACUAAUGUGUCUCCACAUACAGACAAAAGAGAAGAUACAAGUCUACCUACAGUUGUUAACUGUUCCUCAAACGUUCUGCCAGUCCAACAAAAAGCCUUCUCCCCAAAAAUGUCUAGUUCUUCUACUGAUUCGGAGGAGAAACAGCAUUCUGAUGAGAAAGGCCUGAACAAAAAUGGCCAGCUAAAGACAAAACAACUGUUCAGAAGGCAAGACAUAGCCAUGCAAGACCUCUGGGGUGGAAUAAAUGUUGCUGAAAUUCAUGAAAGGAAACUACAAAAGGAGCUGAGAAGGUUGUCAGCUCAGAGCUGGCCCAGCAGAGACCGCCUUGCGGUGUUCAGUGACGUCUUUGAUGAUGUAUGUGAGGACUCGCCAGUAUUUGGACGCAUCCUGAGGGAAAUUAAGACAGAUUAUGAUUUGUAUGUCAACCACUUGAUGGCUUCCCACGGCAUGUCACUGGAGACUUCCCUCAAAGCUCUUUCGAAUGAAAAAGAAAGCCAAACAGAUUUAGAAUUAGCUGUAAAAGAGGUUUGCAGGCUGGAGCAGGAGGCCAGAAAAGCUCUAGAGGACAAUAAACGAGUCCGAAAUAAAUCACAGAAUGUCCCAGCUACCGCAGGCCCAGAGGACAGUGACACGCAGAGGUUGCAGGACAACACAUCCAAGAGGCUUCAGGUUCUGAGCACAUGGAGGGAGAUCCAACACCUGGAGGAGGAGGUGAAGAGGAAACCGGUGUCCUCUGUUACAAUCGCAGACACUGAAAGACACGUCAAAGAGCAAAAGAAAGAGAUAUUGAGACUAAUAGCCUCCAAUGACCGUCUAAAGAUCACCAACAAGGAUCUGGAAAACAACAUCAACAUGGUACUGAGCAGAGAGAAAGCAAACAAGGCCAUGAGACGGAUGUUGUGGGACGAAAUACACAGUGAUCUAAACACAGAGUGUGGAUAGCUUCAUCAGCAAGUAAACCGGGGGAUCAUUUCUUGAGAUGGACAUACAAAGUGCAAUAAAUUAAGGACAUACAUUUUCUACCAGCAAGCUACUUUAUCUUUCUUUGUUUUUAGCCCUUUCGUUUUUUGUACAGUAAUAACACUGUUGAUGAAAGCCUACAACUGCCACCGCCAUUAGCUGCUUUAUAUACUGUAAGUUGAAUCAAUAUAUUGCAUAACAUUUUAGAUAAUCAUGUGUUUUGUGUAUAAGAAAUCUUAAUUUACAUAUUGAAUAGUUUUGUAGUCAUUAUUUUCUACUAGCUCUACAUGUUAAACUAAUGAUGAAAUUACUAUACUUGCUUCUGAAAUGUGUUGAUGUAGAAGUAUAAGUACAGUAGCAUAAAUAAAUAUACUCAAGGACAACUCGUACAACAGCCUCAAAACUAUACUUAAAACAGCUUUGAGCAAUUGUUUUUAGUGAGAGAACGUCAGGUUUCGUUGUUCAGCCAUCAGUUUAUGAACAGCAGUGAAAUUGACACUUCACAUAUGGUGUUCUUGUGGGCCAGGGCAGUCCAAUCAGUGCCUUGUUAAUAUGAACAACUUCAUCCUUGGGGUAGAAAUCAAAUUAGUUGAACUGUAUGUACAGCCUGAAGCUACUUGAAUGCCAAUUAAUAAAAAGAGAGCUGCUUUUAAAGCAGAAUAAAAGGUCUGGAUAUCGUCUCAUAAAUCGCUUUAUUCUGUAUUGAGCCGCACAUGAACAUGAUACCACAGAGGAUUAGGAGGAUAAUAAGUCCUUCUCUCAUUUCUGGCUACAAGAAACCAGUAAGUAUUCAUUUGUACAGAGUGAAUGAGGCAUUGGAAGAAAAAACACGAAACCCCAUAAUAUAAUUCACAACUGGUAACGAUAAAACAGACCUCUGACGUCGGCAAUGGAGAAAUAUAGGAUAGUUCAAUUAUUGAAGUACUGUACUUUAAUAUAAUGUUGACAUGGUAUUACUUUA